UCUAAUAAUAUUAAAGUGGCAACUCCAAUUAAUAUAGUAAAAUAAAAAAUGCGUCUAAGUAUUUGCGUUGGUCUCUUAAUUGUGUUUGAAAUCGUUUUGGCGAAUAAUGUGAAGGACUUAGCGCAGCCCGACAGUUUACUUCACAAUACUUCACACGAUAUUCACGCUUCACGGACGGGAAGAUUUGGUUUCCAUGGUUUGGAAAUAAUACGUAAAAAUUUCUGUCGUUCGUUUUGCACAUCUGCAGAUACCAUGGCAUAUCUCGCAAAUCUUAUGUGUGCUAUAAAAUGUCCUGAGUUAUAUUUACCGCAUAAUAUGACAACAACAAGUACAACAAUGAAUGUGGAAACUACAUCAGGUACAACAAUAAGUCCGGCGGGUCCAGCAAAUCCGUCAAAUCCAUCGAGUUCAGCAAAUCCGCCAAGUACGUCAGGUCCAGCGAGUCCGUCGCCAAGUACGUCAGGUCCAGCGAGUACAUCGCUAACUACGACGAGUCAAGCGACUACGUCGCCAACUACGACGAGUCAAGCGACUACGUCGCCAAUUACGAGUCCAGCGACUACGUCGCCAACUACGAGUCCAGCGACUACGUCGCCAACUACGAUAACCAAUCAAUCUUGAUCUGAACUAUGAGUCACUAAGAA